GCCAUGGAGCAGGAUAAGGUGUAGCCCUUGGUAAAUCUUCCUGCUUUUCUGUGUUUGCUUGAGAAACUGCACAAAGCAGACCACACCUUGCAAGCGGCUCCGCUGUAGAAACUGAAAAUAUGGAUUUACUGACCUGGCUGAGACAGGAGGCCCAGCUGAAGAAGAUGGUCCUGGUCAUCGUGUUUAUCGCCUUGUUCCUGGAUCACAUGCUGCUGUCAGUGGUUGUGCCAAUCCUUCCAAGUUACCUGUCCAGAGCUGACCAGGCUUCCUCCACCACAUCCGGGAACAGCACCGGCUCAACGGUCAGUUCUGCUAUUAUCCAGCCACUCGGGAACAGAUCAGGAAGUUUGGGCUCCACAUUUGCAACUCCACACCAGAGCCCAACUUUGUCCAGUGAUCCCCCCCGUUCAAACUGUUCUGGAGCAGAAGCUGAGCUGGACGCAGUAAACAUCAAAGUCGGACUGUUGCUGGCCUCCAAGUCCACCAUACAGCUUAUCAUUAACCCCUUCAUCGGGCCACUAACUGACAGGAUUGGAUACCACAUCCCAAUGUGUGCUGGUUUCUGCAUAAUCAUCUCAGCGACCACCUUGUUUGCCUUUUCAUCGAGCUACAUCGUACUGCUGCUGGCCAGAUCAGUGCAAGGUGUAGGUGGAUCCUGCUUGUCUGUGGCAGGAAUGGGUAUGCUGGCUGACAUGUACAAAGAUAGCAUGGAGAGAGGGCGUGCGAUGAGUACAUCCUUCAUUGGUUUGGCCUUAGGAUUGAUAGCGGGAGCUCCAUUUGGCAGUGUCAUGUAUCAGUUUGUGGGGAAGAUGGCUCCAUUCCUGGUCCUGGCUGUCAUCGCUAUGUUUGGUGGAGGUUUACAUUUCCUCAUCUUUCAACCAUCACAGGUGCAAACCAAGAUGGAGAAAGGCACUCCACUGCUGACUCUCCUGAGGGAUCCAUACAUUCUCAUUGCUGCUGGAGCCAUAUGUUUUACAACGAUGGUUGUAGCCACAAUAGAGACGGCCCUUCCUAUCUGGAUGAUGAAGACCAUGUGUGCCAGCAAAUGGCAGCUAGGAAUUGUCUUCCUGCCGGACAGCCUAUCCUACCUCAUCGCGUCCAACGUCUGUGGUCACCUGUCGCAAAAACUCAGUGGAAGUUGGCUGUCUGCUUGUAUUGGAAUGAUCCUGGCAGGAAUAACCAUCAUUUCUUUUGGUUUUUCCAAGACCGUCUAUCAUGUGAUUGUUCUGAAUGCACUGGUUGGAUUAUCAGUUGGCACAGUGGACUCCUCCAUCAUGCCGCUCAUGGGUUACUUGGUAGAUCUGAGAUAUGUGCCAGUAUACGGUACAGUUUAUGCUAUCGCUGAUGUCGCACUUUGCAUUGGAUUCUGUGUAGGUCCAGCUAUCGCAGGUCCUAUCGUGGCAUGGAUCGGCUUCCCCUGGCUCGUGGCCAUAAUUGGAACAGUAAACAUCGUCUUCGCUCCACUCUGUAUCUUCCUUUUUAGUCCACCUCGGCGGGAGGAACAAGUGCUGAUAACAAAGGAGCAUUGAGGAAGCUCAGCCUGAGAACUUCCAGUCACGAUGUAUGUGGACUUCAACUCGAGCACAUCUGCAUGGUUUCGGCCUGUAUGGAGAACCACCACGGAUCUUCACCCUUCAUGACGAAGACCAAGCGAGGACGCCCGGUUUGUAGGCUGGAAAAUAAAUCAGCGGUCAUCACAGCAUGUACUCCAUGUCACAGGCAAAUAUUGUACGUUUUACUUGCUGUGCAUUUGGCAGUUUUAGUUACAAUCACUUUUUAGAAUAAAACUUGUCCAGUGAAAACCACAUAUCUGCAUUUUAUCUCCUGCAUGAAUUCUCCUACUUCUUGUAAUGAAUAAACUAUUUAAAAACCCUCCUGGAUAAUCUGAUGGAAACUGGUUUUCUGAGUUCAUGAGAAGUUGACCUUUUCAGAGCCAGUGAUGCUACUGAUGGUCUUACAGGAUGAUGAUAAUACAAACAUACUUUGACCUAAGUGACUUUUUGAAUGCUGCAGUGGGGGUGUUGGUAGUAUUACUGUACUUAAGUAAAGGAUGUGAAUAUUUCAUGCACCACUGCAAAAUGCACUAAGAGCAGACUAACUAAUCAUAUGCUUGCAGACUUUUAACAUUUCUCUUCAGGUAUGGAUCCAACCCCUAAAAACUCAUCUGUUUAUUCAAACUAUUUUUUUAAAUUCCUUCAUGUCUUGCAUUGCCUCAUCUCCACCCGCUCAUCGGCAGCUCGGCUGUCGGACAAACUGUUCCCAGCAACGUUUGCUGUAACUUUCUUUUCCGCCACAUAAAGAUUCCUGCCAGCAUUUGGCAUGAAACAUCAUGCAACUUGGCAGGCUAACCUUGGCUAACAUUAUCUAGCACACAGUAGAUUUGUUUUGGACACAGUCAACAAAGUGUAAGAGUAAAAUAAACUUAC